AUGAGCAUUUCUGCCCAGGGCUUUCCACAAGAAGCCGCGAAAAACCUGAUAUCCAGAGAUGACGCUCUCAAGCUAUACACAAACACGUUGAACUUCAACGUGAUUAGCCGGUACGACCCCGCCAUCAAGCAGCUUUUAUACUAUACGUCACACUGCGUCAUUUACCAGUUCAUCGACGACGAAUGGGCCAAAACCGAUUACCAGGGCGUGUUGGCUCUUUACUCGCGCGAGAAUUGUCUAGACACUUCCAAGCCCGUGUCGGGUGAGGCAGUGCAGAGCUUGCUCUGCUAUGGCCUCAUCUUGUUGAAUCGAAACAACCCCGACUGCUUGUCGAUAGGGCUCGUGCCGAACAACGUUGUUGCGCUGGUGCUGGACACAUCUUUGACCCAGUUUGACGAGAUGGAAGUGGAACUCAAUGCUAAUUUGGUCAUUGUGCGGGACAUUGAGGGAAAGAUUUUCGGGUUAUGGAUUUUUGAUGAAGACGACAGGUCUGCUUUGUUUCAAACCAUCAAGCAAAUACUCGAGGAAAGCUUUGAAUGA